GCCGCCGCCAGCUUUGGAUUAUCAGCGGCUCCCGGGGAGAGCUUGAGGAGCAGACGGAGGGGGCCACCAUGUCCCGCUCAGAGGAGGUGCACCGGCUCACCGAGAAUGUGUACAAGACGAUCAUGGAGCAGUUUAACCCUUGCCUCAGGAACUUCAUCUCUAUGGGGAAGAACUACGAGAAAGCUUUGGCAAGUGUAACGUUUGCGGCGAAGGGUUACUUUGACGCUCUGGUAAAAAUGGGAGAGUUGGCCAGUGAAAGCCAAGGAUCCAAAGAGCUCGGGGAUGUCCUUUUCCAGAUGGCAGAAGUUCACCGGCAGAUCCAGAACCAGCUGGAGGAAAUGCUGAAAUCUUUUCACAAUGAACUGCUGACGCAGCUGGAGCAGAAGGUGGAGCUGGACUCGCGGUACCUGAAUGCGGCUUUAAAGAAAUAUCAGCUGGAGCAGAAGAACAAAGGAGACGCCUUGGAGAAGUGUCAGGGGGAGCUGAGGAAACUGCGCAAAAAAAGCCAGGGCAGCAAAAACCCUCAAAAAUAUUCCGACAAAGAGAUGCAGUACAUCGAAGCGAUCAGCAACAAGCAGAGCGAGCUGGAGAGCUUCGUGUCCGACGGGUACAAAACGUCUCUGACAGAAGAGAGAAGGAGAUACUGCUUCCUGGUGGAGAAACAAUGCGCCGUCGCCAAGAACUCCAUGGGCUAUCACAGCAAGGGCAAAGACAUUUUGGGGCAGAAGAUACCCUCCUGGCAACAAGCCUGCAUCGACCCGAGCAAGAUCCCCGACCGGGCCAUUCAGAUCAUGCAGCAGAUGGCUACUGGACCCAACGGCACCAUCAUGACGGGUACUCUGUCUGGGCCCAUGACCAACUCUAAAUCCAGCCUAACCAUAUCAGACCCGAUCCCUGGUGCCAAGCCCCUGCCGGUGCCCCCCGAGCUGGCUCCUUUUGUUGGGAGAAUGUCUGCACAGGAGGGCACACCCAUAAUGAACGGUGUCUCUGGGCCCCCCACCGGCAACUAUGAACCCUGGAUGGACAUGAAGCCCAAGGUGUCUCCAUCCCAGCCACACAAGCAGAUCAGCGAUUCCUAUUCCAACACACUUCCAGCCCGCAAGAGCGUCCCGCCCAAAAACAGUUACACCGUCGCGGAGAACAAGACGCUGCCGCGAUCCAGCUCCAUGGCGGCAGGCCUAGAGAAGAACAGCAGGACGCGGGUGCAAGCCAUCUUCUCACACUCGGCUGGAGACAACACCACCCUGCUCAGCUUCAGCAAUGGCGACUACAUCAUCCUUCUGGUCCCUGAAGCCAGGGAUGGCUGGCACUAUGGAGAGAGCGAGAAGACAAAAUUGAGAGGAUGGUUCCCUUUCUCGUAUACGCGGGUGGUGGAUGGUGGACGUGAUGCCGGUAACCGUACUCAGAACUUACAGCCUGGAAAAAGCAGCAGCACUGGCAAUCUGCUGGACAAAGACGACCUCUCCCUCCCUCCCCCCGACUACAACAUGGCAUCGCACGGUUUCCCGCCGCAGGCGCCUGGCCCCUAUAAGCCCCGACCCUACAGCGUGGCUGCCCCGGUCUUUUCACAGGGUUUAGAUGACUACGGAGCAGCACGUCCCACGAACAGAAACCCCUUUCUUGAAGUCCGAUUGAAGCCCACGAUGACAAACGACCGCUCUGCUCCCCUCGUGGACUGACGCUGGCUACCCUUCCGCAAGAGCCUCCAACCUUUGCCUCUGUGCCCUUGUACGCCGGUGAACGGAGUCGGGAGAGCCGGCAGAUGAGUGAACUCAACCCCUUUGUCUUAUCUUCUCUUCCCCCUCAGCUUAU